CCGUAAAUUCAAUUGAAUUUUUCGAUUUUCCACUUUGAAUAUCCGUAUUCAAAAUUCGGUUUGAGCACAAGCAUUUUUGGCAUUUGUGUUGCUGUUGUUGAGUUCUAUAUUCCCAUUUUAAAAUAAAGUUAUAUAGUGCGAACAAUGACAGCCAAAUUAAAAUCAAUUGAACCGAAAACAAUUCCAGCAAAUGGAUCAAGGACAUCGUCGUCGAAUCUAGAUACUAGUCGACCGUCGAAACUGUUAAAAAAAGCUACAGUAACUCUAUCUUCACCACGUUCAGUUCGCAUUGACCCUGAUCACCAAUCAAAUUCGAAUAAAUCGAAAGACGACGACAAAGUGACGCCAAAUUUGACUCAAACCGAUGAAAACAUCCACUGUAACGACGAAAAAUGUGUAGAAAUUGAGAACGAAAACGCGGAAAAGAAUAAAGAGAAUGUUAACAAGAAUGGGUGCGAUGAAAAUGUGAAAAAUGAUGAUAAAAGUGAUAUCAAACUAAAAUCUGAUGAUUCAAAUCCGCUCGAUCAAAUCCCCGAUGUAUAUAAAACGCAAGGAACAAUGGUUUAUUCAAGUUGCACCGGAUAUUCCGAAAGUACAUGCUUAUGCAGUAGCGUUGAUGAUAGCGCUCAAACAACUUUAAAACGUGUUUCGUAUUUAGAGCGACGAAAUUGGAUAACCACCGAACGUCUGAACGAGUUACGAAAGAAAGCUCAAGAAGCUAUAAAAAAUCAUAAAAUCUUUACGAUUCGCGGUUGUUUUUAUUCGAUUCGCAAGAGUUUGGUGCAACGUGGAUGGGUUGAAAAAUUGGAUAUACAUCGACGUUCGGUGGUGAAUGGGUCGUGUCAGGUGAUUUUGGAGGAUUUGGCUCAACAUUUACCACAACGUCGACCUGGUGAGACUCGACGCCAACACAUACAAAAAUGUGAACGAAAUAUUAUGUCACGGUUUCUGGAGCACAUGGCAAUCGAUUUUUUAUGGUCGGCUCGAAAAGAAAAAUGCGAUUGGAUAGACAUUGCACGUAAUCCAGCUUUAAUGAUUAAUAAAUUUCACAAAAGCCCAUUCACAACCAAAGAAGGUCUAUGCAAUGUAUUGCGCGAUUUACACUGGUUUUUCGAAGAAGGUAAAUCGGAAACAUAUUAUCCGCGAAGCUAUAGUGCAUCAGAUGAUUUAGCUGAAUUUAUCGAUGACUAUCGAUUGACAGCUUGCAUGUCGCUACUUCGAUUUCUCGUCGAUCGAACAGCGAAUAAAGAGGCCGAAUGUUUGUAUACUGAAAACGGCCAAAUUCCAAUAUCGUGCAUUCAUUUUGCGUUGAAACAAUGCAAAACCUAUGUUAAAUGUUGCCAUCAUUUGGAUAUUGAUGAAGAUACCGAACGUAUUUGGAACCAUGAAUGGGAAUUAUUUUUAAUGCAUUACCAAAUGCUCACUCAAGACCGUUUAACAUUUCAAAUGCCCGACGAUUCAAUGCAAUGGAAUUUUUUAAUGGAAGAAUGCAAACAAUGUUUGAAUGAAAUUACACAGGUAUGGCCUCAAGCUCUCCUCGAUGGCGUGUUCAAUAUCUGGAUUGUAAAGCCUUCAAACCGAUGCCGAGGAAAAGGAAUUCUCCUUAUGAACGAUUUGAAAAAAAUUAUUGCACAUAUUAAUCCACCAGUCGUUAAUAAAGGACGAUACGUAUUACAAAAAUACAUCGAACGACCCAUGAUAAUUCACAACUGUAAAUUCGAUAUCAGGCAAUGGUUCUUGGUAACCAGCGUACAACCACUCGUUAUUUUCAUGUACAAGGAGAGCUAUCUGCGAUUCAGUUCACAAGAGUAUGACCUCGAUAAUUUUCAUGAGUCGGUGCAUUUAACAAAUCAUGCGGUUCAAAAACGAUAUUCAAAUGGAAAACAGCGUGACGAGCGAUUGCCUAGAGAGAAUAUGUGGGAUAAUCACACGUUUCAAGCAUAUUUACGGCAGAUCGGAAGGGCGAGUAUGUGGUCGGAACGUAUUUUUCCUGGAAUGCAAAAAGCGUUAAUCGGAACAAUGUUAAGCUCUCAAGAUUCGAUGGAUCGAAGACCAAAUACGUUUGAAUUGUAUGGUGCCGAUUUUAUGAUAUCCGAAGAUUGUCAACCAUGGUUAAUCGAGAUAAAUGCAUCCCCAGACUUGGGAGCCACAACAAGUGUAACUGCACGCCUAUGUCCACAAUGUUUAGAAGAUGUUAUUAAAGUCGUAAUUGAUUAUCGAGAUGAUCCAAAAGCUUCGACUGGUAAUUUUGAGAUGAUUUAUCGUCAAGUGAUUCCGCCUGCUCCAGCUUAUUUGGGUCUUAAUCUAGUGCUGAAAGGAACGCAAGUGAUGCUAAAAAAUGGCACUGGAAAAAAAGAAAAGCCAAAACUGGAAGUAAAAUCAAAAAUCGACAGAAAAACUUUUCAAUUAUCGAUGAAACCAGUUCGUGAUCAGCUAAUUGGUGAAACUGAAAAAACGCCAAUUCUAUCGCCACGUUCAUUGCUCAUUGGUUUUAACGAUGCCAAAGAAAAUACUAAUCCAAUGGUAUUGAAUUCGGCACGAAAAAAUCAAGCACUGCUGUCACUCGGCAAACUAAAAAAGGAAAAUGUUUUGAAAAAUGAUAAAGUGUUGUCGGGUCGAUUAAACUCAUAUUUGGCAUUGACUCGCUAUCCAUCAAAACAUAAUGAGAUCAAGGAAAAAGAGAAUCUCUUGAGCUCUCGAAAACCAUUGGGCAAAGUGCCUGAUUCGUCUCGUCGUCAUGCGAGCUGCGGCCCAAAGCUUAUAUCCAUCAAUGAACCAGAAGAAAAAAAGAUCGAAAAUCACGAAGUGAUGGAGGAUGAUCGAAGCAAAAUUAAAUGUGUUGGAAAUAAAUAUGGUCCUGAAAUUGAAAUAAAUGAUUUGGCGACAGUUGAAUCAGCAAAAUCAUCACCACGCAAACAAUCACAAGAAACACCAAGAGUGGCCAGCAUCCGAGGUAAAUUGAAGCCAGUGAAUACGUUAUCGAAAUCAGCGAAAACAGUGAUGCCGUCUUCUAGAGAGAAACCAACAACCAAUUCGAAUGAAUAUCGAAAAUACUUAAGUCAAAGUACCUUGCAGUUGAAUCGAAUGCCAUCAAAAAUGAACAUUCAUAGCAAUUACUAUAACUCACAUUUCUACGCUGUUGGUAUGAGCCUGAGAGCAUGGCGGUCCAAGUAUAAUCGCCCGAAAAUGAAUGUUCCAUCAACGACAAAUAGUAGUGUGCUGAAAGGUAAAAGUACCUAA